UCCCUAGUAAUAGUUGAGGCACAGCGAUCGAUGGCAAAUGCACGUCUGUUAGAUGUAGCAUUUCGACUUGAGAAUACUCAUUAUAAGGCGAUUGAAAACAUUGGUACGGGUGCUUAUGGAGUGGUAUGUAAAGCUGAUGACCAGUAUCACAAACGCCGUGUCGCUAUCAAAAAAAUAUCACGUGCAUUCUCAGCAGUCGUAUUACUGAAACGUUCAUUACGAGAAAUUCGAAUUUUACGAGAUUUGAGACAUGAAAAUAUCGUUUCUGUAUUGGAUGUAUUCACUGCUGAAGGAACACAAGGACUUGACGUGUAUAUGGUACUUGACUUGAUGGAAACUGAUUUACAUCAAAUAAUCCAUAGCAGACAGAACCUUAUGGAUCAACAUUUCCAAUACUUUCUUUAUCAAAUAUUACGUGGACUUAAGUAUCUACAUUCGGUUGGUAUCGUUCAUCGUGACUUGAAGCCUUCAAAUGUGCUCGUUAACGGUGAUUGUCUGAUUAAGAUCGGUGAUUUUGGUAUGGCACGCCUUGUGGAACAGUGUGUUCACAGCACGGGAAAUUUUAUGACGCAAUAUGUUUCAACGCGUUGGUAUCGUGCUCCUGAAUUGUUAUUUUCACUUCUCGAUUACGAUACAAAAGUAGAUAUUUGGUCUGUGGGCUGUAUAUUUGCUGAAAUGAUCCUAAGAAGGCAAUUAUUCCCUGGUAAAGACGCUAUCAGUCAAGUGAAAAUGAUUGUCUACUAUUUGGGUACACCCGAAAAGGAAGUCCUUGAACGAAUCAAUUUGGACCUUGUUCGACGAUGGAUUGAAAGUUGUGGUCAUAAAAAAGCAUUGCCAUGGUCAAGUAUCCUUCCGAAAGCAACUUCAAAUGCUGUCGAGCUUAUUUCAAAGUUGAUGCAGGUAGCACCUUGGAAGCGUAUCUCUGCAGAAGAGGCUUUAUCACAUCCCUAUCUUGAAACUUAUCACGACCAAAAAAUCGAACCCAAUUGCUCACAAAAGGUUUAUUUUGAUGCAGAAGCAAUCGAAAAACUACCCGUUAAUGUUUUAAAACACGCACUUAUUGCUGAAGCCGAAUAUUUUGCAUCAAUACGCGCAAAACACGAUACAACCUGGAGGUCUUUUUGA